UCUUUUUUUGGAAGGGAAGAUACAAUAUACUCUUUAGCUUUAAACUUAUCACUCUUUUAAAAAAUUGUAUUUAAGCUUAUGUGUAAUUGAAGUUACUGAGAUGGUUUGAUAUGUGAAUCUUGGGCGUGUAAGUUUUCUUUUCUACCUUCCAAUUUGUCGUUACCACUGCCACAUUGAAGAAACUAGCAAUCUCACUCUCAUCUUCACACUACAUUUGUACAACUAGCCUCACGCCGUGGGAAGCGGUCUAUCUAUUUUAGAAGGCUUUAUUUACCCCCUCGUUUUCCUCUCCUUCACGUCACUUCCCUUGUUUCUUUCAACUCCUCAAUCACACAAUACGCUAUCUCUCUCUGAAUGAGGCCUUCAGGGGCAAAAAACUUGUUGCCAGCUGGCCUGGUGUCCAAUCUUCAGGGUGUCCUUUCCAGCAGAAAGGGUAAUGAAGAUUCAACGGAACCCAACUCGGUUCCAGAUGAGGUUGACGAUACAAAGCCUGUCGUUUUGGUUACAAACGCUGAUGGGAUCGAAUCCCCUGGCCUAACUUAUCUCGUUCAUGCUCUCGUUUCUCAGGGACUUUACAAUGUUCACGUCUGCGCUCCUCAAUCAGAUGAAUCAACAGCAGGACACUCUUUUACCCUGAAAGAAACCAUUGCUGUUACUUCGGCUGAGAUUCACGGUGCUACCGCUUAUGAAGUUACUGGGACUCCUGUAGAUUGUGUGUCAUUAGCCUUGUCUGGGGCACUAUUUUCCUGGUCAAAGCCUAUGCUGGUGAUAAGUGGAAUCAACAAGGGCUCAAGUUGUGGCCAUCAUAUGUUUUACUCAGGUGUUGUAGCUGGUGCAAGGGAGUCAUUGUUUAGUGGUGUUCCAGCUAUAUCGAUGUCACUUGACUGGAAGAAGGAUGAAAGUAAGGAAAGUGAUUUCAAGGAUGCCGUAAGUGUUUGUUUACCGUUGAUAAAUGCAGCCCUUAGAGAUGUUGAGAAGGGAGCUUUUCCCAAAUGUUGCUUGCUGCAUGUGGAAGUUCCAAAGUCUCCUCUGACAAACAAGGGAUUUAAAUUGACCAAGCAAAGUCACUGGAGCACUAAGCUUUGCUGGCAAGCUAUUUCAGCAAAUAGGAAUCCUACUGCCGGACGUUUUGUUCCCAAUCAGCAAAGCCUUGGACUACAGCUUGCACAACUAGGCCGAGAUGCUUCUGCAGCUGGUGCCGCCCGUCGGUUAGCCACUCAGAAAGAGAAUAUAAAGGAGGUUGAAUCUGUAGGUGUAGCAGGGAAAUCUGAUCCCAACCGGAAAGCCAAGUACUUCAGAUUGGAGUUACUUGAGAAGAAGCAGGAAGAAGAGGAUGAGGAUUUAGAUUUUAGAGCUCUUGAAAAUGGCUUUAUAGCGGUCACUCCAGUCUCUCUAUCGAUGCAUGUAGAAGCAGAUGUUCAUGCAACCACUGCAGAGUGGAUUUCCACUGCAUUAGAAGCUGAACAAUGAAAUUCAUCCAGUCACUUGAUCACUAACCUUCUGUACAUUUCGAGAUGAAUUUGUCUUGGUCAUCUAUGCAAAAUCCACCUUGGUGAUGCCUUGAUUGUUGAUUUGUUUUUUGUCUAUUGCCUCAUCCCUUUUUACUUUGUAGUGAAGCAAAUCCAUCAGCUAACAGGGUUGUGUUGUAGGCUUCUUUAUUGACAAAGUUGUGGUUAGGCAGAAUGGUUAGGUUAUUCUUUUCUACCUUGUAAACAGAAACAAACAGAUGAAAUAUAGUGGAAUGCUUUUCAUUACUUGAUAUGCUGAAA